AUGAAACCGGUUGGCCGGGGCGAGAGCUCCGGCGAGAGGGUGAAGCGGAAAGAGCCGGGCAUCGAGGAACUUGGGGGCCCAGCCAUGCGUUCGCACAUCAGUACCGAGGCAAUGGAGAGGAGCCUAUGGGGUAGCUUCACUCACCAGCAGAUCUUCAUGAAGGACUUCAUCGCCGGUCGCUACAGGGAGGCUAAGCAAAAGAAACAGACGAGGAAGAAAUCGAACCCGGCGGUGUGCUUAUACGUGUUCCGGGGAGGCGUGGUGACGUUGUGCUUGCACCCCAACGACCUGCAGCAAGCGUGGCGCUGGGGUCUAGACAAAGAGGAACUCCUGGUCCCCGUCACAAAGGACGAGUUCUUCAAGAGCUUCCAGCGAGGGGACUGGCGCCACUCUCUCGUCACCCUCCCCGCCACCUCAUCCGAGCGGGCACAUCUUGUGGCGGUCAUCAGACAGAAGAGCAAGGUCGAGAUCGCCAUCGUCAACAAGCGUACUCUGCGAGACGUGGAGUACUUCAACUCUCUGCAUGACAUCCGUCGCCAGGCCAUCGCACGACACGAGGGUAGCGACGACAGUUCGAGCAGCGACUUCAGCCUCACGCGCGCCGGCCGAACCAUCGCAGAGGGUACCGUCGGCGGUCGAGGACCGACGGCCAACAACGGCGCCCCAGCAACCUCUUCUCCCCGCCGCCGACCGUUCCGACGCGUGGCGACGAUGGCGGCGCGACCGGAGGCGCGGGCCGGGGCGGGUGCCACGGGGGCGGGUACCGACACGUCCGCGCAGCAGCAGCCGUCCAGCAGGUCCAACUGGUCCACAGUCGGGUCCUCGCACGGUGGAGCGUUGGUGGCACGGGGCAGCAGCCGCAACAACAGACGCGUCGGCAGCGUGGCAAGCGGCAGCGGUGGAGACAGCGACGGCUUCCACGCGACGAUGCACACCACCCGCAGAAGGGAACGCUGGGCGUGUCAACCCCCGACAACGGCCGCAACGAGUCGAACCAGCGUCACCAGCACCACCGCCAGUGGCGUGCGUAGGAGCGCGCUUGUGACUAGGGACAGCUCUUCGAAGUCGGCGGGCAAAGAGAGCCCGGGCGGCGGGUUCGCCGGACGCAGGGACGGGAACGUUCCCACAGCUAGAGUGACGAAGGUAUCCUUCGAGGUAGCAGGUGGCGGGGACGGGAGGGGUCACCGCAGCGGCGCGGUACUGCAGUCGGCGGCCAGCCUGGCUCGCAUGUCCCGAUUUCUUCCUCCUAAAAUCAACACCAACCGCAGCGACAGGAGCGGAAAGCACCCGGCAACCGCCGGUACGGCGCAAUUCCACAGCAUCAGCCGCUCGGGAACAAGGAACAUCUGCGGUGGAGCCACCGCUGCCCCCCGUAUGGUGUCUUCUUCGGCGGCAAGCUCGUCAGCGCCCACGAUUGGCAACGGUGCCGAAAGCUGCAAGAUGGCGCCACAAUCGGUGUACAACAUCGCUCGCCCGACGUCCCCCUCGGCGGCUUGGAAGAUGGGUGGCGGCGGCAGCGUCGCCAACGACAGCGACAGCGGAAUCCAAGACACCCCAUCGACAUCGACCGCGGGAGUUUCGACCCUCGUAUCGGGUGCAGCUCUCGACCGCGUCCGCACCACCGAUUGUGUCGGCGACAGCGGAAUCCAAGACACCCCGUCGACAUCGACCGCAGGAGCUUCGGCCCUCUUGUCGGUUGCAACUCUCGACCGCGCCCGCACCACCGGUUGCGUUGUGGUCGUAGCCAAUGGCCCGAAGGAUGACACGAUUGUCGGCGAGGGAGGGGACGGCAGCGAUACCGAUCGAUUCGGCGUCACCAGUGUGGGGACGCCGUUGCCCAGCACCCUGGUGAUCGCGGAAGGGAGCGAUGGCACCUGCAAUGGGCUGACCCUCGCGGAUCGCAGCCUCGUCUUCGGCACGUUGUCGGAGAGCGAGGAGGAACCGGAGGAGGAAGAGACGAAAGAGGAAGGUUACCUACGAGAGGAGAAGUACAACGAACCCCAGGCGGGCCUUACCGACAGACGACCCCAAGAAACAGAGUGUGGAAAAGGCGCGGCACCAUCUAACCCAGGAGAAGUGAUCUCCAUCGCUGCAACCGAGGCCAGCCCGUCGACCCCACCGUCCCCUUCGGUGAGCCCCGUCCCGAACGGUUCUGUGGUGGGCUCCGCUACCGGGCGAGCGACGGAGCAUUCGGAGUCUUCCACGUCAUCCGCAUCCCCCCAACCAGAGCAGGCACCGGUUCUGGCCGACACGGCGGAGAACAUGGGCGCAACGGAUUUCCAUGAAAAGGAACCGGCAGAGGCCCCGGUCGCCAUGGCAGAACAGAAGGAUGAGGUCGGCUUGCAAGAGACGGAUAAGCCGGGGGCGACUCGAUACCCCCCGCUGUCGCCACCACCCUCAUCGCAACUUCCAAACAAGGUAGUGACUACGGGGGUCGUACGGAAGAACGACGCGACCGGCGUGCAAGACACGGAGGAGCCGGCGGGGCCUUCUCGUUCACCCCCAACGACCACGCUUGCAUCGUCAUCCCCGCCUCCCCUGUCCUCUCCAUCGGGCCAAGCGAUCUCUCUACCCGAGGACGCCAUCGGCGGAGUUGCUAUGGGGGUGGUACGGAAGAACGACGCGACCGGCGUACAGCACAAGGAAGAGCCGGCCGGGCCUUCACGAUCACCCUCGACGCCCCCGCUAGCAUCGUCGUGCCCGUCUUCCCUGUCUUCUCCGCCGGGCCAAUCGAUCUCUCUGUCCGAGGUCGCCGCCUGGGGGGAGACCGCGGUCUCCGAGGAAGAGGUGCACCUGCUGGACAUAGAGCUGGCGGUGCGGCGAAAGGACAGGGCUCUGCAAGAGGCACAAUGCCAGAUCGAGCUGCUGCUGCGAGAGAAGGGCGCGGCCUCGGACGAGGCGGCGCGGGACACGAAGCUACAGCUGCGGGAAAAGGACGAGGCUCUCAAGAUUGCGGAGGAGAUGUUGAGGCGGUCGGCCGAACGGCAGAGGGAACUGAACACACAGUUGGCCAAGAGCUUGCACGAGGUGAGCCUCAGGGAGACGGAGCUGGAGACCGCCCUGCGGAAAAGAGGGGAGGAGGACAAACGGGGCAACGAAGAGAACAAGAAGAUCCAGGCCGCGAUGCGGCAGGUUGAGGAGGAGGCAGCCUUGGCUCACACGAAGUUCGAGUCUCUGCGCGAGCACGCCACGCGGGAAGUGUUAGCCGCGCAGCAAAAGGCGACAGAGGAAGUCGGGCGAGCCCAAUUGAGAUAUGAGUCUCUGUGCGAACGCACGAUGAGGGAGUCCGCGGCCGCGGAAGAAAGGGCGAACCGGGAAGCCGAGGCUGUCCAAGAGAAGGCGAGGGAAGAGGCACGAGGCGCCGAUGACAGAUACAACGCUCUGCACGCGCACACCGUCGACAAACUCGCUGAACGCGAACAGGCGGAGCGACAGCUUUCGGAAUUGAACGAGAACAUGGAGAGAGAAGUCCUACGGCUUACCAAAGAGCUGGGAUCAUGUUCAAAGUCUCGGAACUACGCGUUGGUCAUGCUCGGGAAGCAAAGCGAGCUGAAGGCAGAAGCGGUCAAGGAGGCAGAGGACCUGCGACGAAAGCUUGCCGCCGCUGAGUUCGAAAGCGCGGCAGAUCUCGCCGAGACACGUCUGACGGCGCACAACAAGGAACAAAGUCUCCAACAGGAGCUGCUCCGGUCUUGCCAACAGACGGCCGAAGUAAAACAAAUUGCAGAGGAUGCAGUAGCGAGUGUACAGCAAGGAGAGAUGAAGUAUGCCGAAUAUCAAGCGGCAGCGGGCGCCCGAGUUGCGGCUGCGGAGGUACGUGUGACAGAUCUCAACGAGAGGCUCGCCGAUAUGCACGAGCAAGAAACGACGGCGGCAGGAGCAGCUAGCGAGCACGCCCUGAUGCUGCAGGAACGAAUUGAGGCACUCGGCGAGGACCUCGAGGACAUAGCUGACCACGCUGCCGCGGCGGACGACCGAUCUGCGGCUGCGGAGGCGCGUGUGACGGACCUCAACGAGAGAAUCGCCGUUCUGCAGCGGCAGGCAACAGUCGCGGGCGGAGAAGCAAGUGAGCGCGCCACGAUGCUCCAGGAGCGAAUUGGGUUACUCGGCGAGGACCUUUCAGGGGUGACCGACCGUGCUGCCGCUGCGCACGCUCGAUCUACGGCUGCGGAGGCGCGUGUGACGGACCUCAACGAGAGAAUCGCCGUUCUGCAGCGGCAGGCAACAGUCGCGGCAGGAGCAGCAAGUGAACAUACCUCGAUGCUCCAGGAACGAGUGGGGUUACUCGGCGAGGACCUUGCGGGGAUGACCGACCGCGCUGCCGCUGCGGACGUCCGGUCUACGACUGCAGAGGCGCGUGUGACGGACGUCAACGAGAGAAUUGCCGUUCUGCAGCGGCAGACAGCAGUGAUGGCAGGAGCAGCAAGUCAGCACGCCACGAUGCUCCAGGACCGAAUUGAGGCACUUCGCGAGGGCCUUGCAGGGACGACUGACCGCGCUGCCGCUGCGGACGUCCGGUCUACGACUGCGGAAGCUCGAGUGGCGGACCUCAACGAGAGAAUCGCCAUUCUGCAGCAGCAGGCAACAGUGGCGGCAGGAGAAGGAGGGAUGACUGACCGCGCUGCCGCUGCGGACGUCCGGUCUACGGCUGCGGAGGCUCGAGUAACGGACCUCAACGAGAGAAUCGCCGUUCUGCAGCGGCAGGCGACAAAGUCGGCAGGAGAAGCGGGCGAGCACGCCUCGAUGCUUCAGGACCGAAUGGAGCUCCUCGGCCAGGACCUUGCGGGGAUGACUGACCGCGCUGCCGCUGCGGAAGCUCGAUCUACGGCUGCGGAGGAACGUGUGGCGGACCUCAACGAGAGGCUCCACGCUCUGCAGCGGCGGGCGACAGCAGUGACGGCGGCAGGAGAAGCAAGCGAGCACGCCACGAUGCUUCAGGAAGGGGCUGAGGCACUCAGCCAAGACCUUAGGGGGAUGACUGAUGCCACUGUCGCCGAAUCGAGAGCCGCGUCGCUUGCUACGAGCGCAGGCUUCUCCGCUGCGGGAGCAGAGACAACGAACGAGGUCAUGGACGACAAUGACGACGAGCUCAUCAGCAGGGCGCUCGAGAGAGUGGCGAGCGUAGACCUCUCUAUCGCGAGGUACGCGGAGGCGAGCGCAGAACUCCGGCGCGUCGCUGACUGGGCUCCCGAGGUAACAACGAACGAGACACCUCGUUCUCGAGCCCGAUCGCAAGGGAUCGAGGUCGCGGCGGUCGGGCGGGUAGCGGGAGCGGAAGUGAGGACAGUAGAGCUAGGAAUCGGCAACGCCCGCCUCUGUGCGCUCGCCGUGACGGGCAACGAGGAGAGCAAGGAAGAGGGGGUGGGCGAGGAGGUCCGAGCUCGGCGACUCCACCUGUCUGCCGAGAACUCGCACUUCGAGCACGAGGUCGCCGACGGAUACGCUUCGCCGCACGAGCGGGCCCGCUGGGAGGACGACGCGCGGCUUGAAGGUACCGUCGAGGGCGAGGCGGAGAGGGAGAGCGCUAACGGCUGCCACUGGCGGGCCGCGAUGGCAGACCUGCGCGAGAUCGACGUGAGGAUGGAGAGGCUGCAGCCCAUCAUCGAGGCGGGGGGAGAGUGGCUGCGGCUGCAACGCUCAAAAGACGAGGAGGGAUGGGGCUACGAGUCGGCGGCGAGCAGCAGAGCGUCGGAGGCGCUGGCGCGAAGGGUGUCCAGGUUGGAAGAUUGGAGGGACGGCCUAGAGGAGUGGAGGAACGCCGCCAACGAGCAGCGUCGCGCGGAAACCGACGCGCUGCUACGGUUCUCAGACGAGGCGAGGACGACCGCAGGGGUCUUCGCCGGCCAGCGGAGGCCCGGGGCCUUGGCCGAAGAGAGGGCCUCCCGGACGAGACGGCAGGGCGGUGCACAUCGAGCAACCGAGUCCAGGCCUAGAGGGGUGGAGGUACCGGCGACGCCUGCUGCUGCCCUCUCCGACGGGGGGGCAAACACAAGGAGAUGA